AUGACUAAGCAGAAAGGUGUUGAUUAUUCAUUCAGAUUAAAGCUUGGGUGCUUUAUCCAGGUGAUUGUCUUCUUUUCUAUGACCCUCAGUGUCCUGUUGCCGAAGAACUGGACUCAUUUCUACUUUGCAUUUGUCAUGUUCAACGUCUUAAUCAGUGCUGUUGGUGCAUGCUUGGCUCAGGUGGGUAUUAUUGCACUAGUAAAUAUUCAAGGAUCGUUGUAUGCGAAUGCAAACGUUGUUGGUAACGCUCUGGCUGGAGUUCUACCGUCGGUUUCCAUGAUAGUGGCUGUUCUAACAAACGGUCAUGAUACCCAGAAUAGAGCUUAUGAGGCUGCUAAAUACUUCCUCACGAGUGUUGCCGUUACAUUGACUUCUUUAAUACUUUUGGUGGUCAUGGAACGUGCAGAAUCUUAUUCUACAAGCUCACUUCAUGCCAAUGAUGAAUCCUGUGAUACUUCUACAACCGAGUAUGUCUCUUUCCAUCAUCUCUGGUCCCUCUUGGGACUUGUCGAAACAACUAUUAUAAUAACUUUCUCAAUAACCUUGGCCUUUCCCAUCUUUGCAUCAGCUAUAGAAUCUCCCACUGUUGAUAAGAAGGUUUUCAUCCCUCUAGUCUUCCUAAUCUGGAAUUUAGGGGACUUGACAGGACGGAUUGUAUGUGCCUGGCCGUUCUUUGUUCUCAAAACUCAGUCUAAAAUGAUUGGUUACUCAUUGCUUCGUCUUUUGUUUAUUCCUCUAUUUCUUGGCUGCAACAUUAGGGGUCAUGGUAGUGGCUGGAUCGAUGACUUCUUUUACAUUUUACUUCAAUUUCUCUUUGGAUUCACUAAUGGCCAGCUUUUCUCCUCAAGUUUCAUGCUUAUUGGUCAAUUGCUAAGAACUGAGGAUGAAAAGAAGGCUGCUGGUGGUUUUACUGCUUUGGUCAUCAACGUUUCCCUUCUUCUAGGAAGUAUAAUGAGCUAUCUAGUCGUCUAUAUGAUCGGCGGUCGUGUGUCACCCAAAUCCUUUCUUUUUGUGUAA